AUGAUAAAUUUAUUCCAAUGGGAUACUGAUAUUAUCUUAACGGCAUUAGCCUAUAAAAAUCAUUGUGGCGGCGUGAGGAACGGCAGGGGAGGAAACCUAAAGUUCGGGAAUCCAUGGAAGCUAGGGAAACCGGGAAUUGAUCCCGGAGGAGAUGACUGUGACGGCAAUGGAAACGGGAACCUAAAUUGUGGAAAUCCAGGGAAGCCGGGGAAGCCAGGAAAGCCAGGAAAGCCAGGAAAGCUGGGAGUCAAUCCGGGAGGUGAUGACUGUGACGGUAGUGGAAACGGGAACCUAAACUGUGGAAAGCCAGGGAAGCCGGGAUUCGAUCCCGGAGGGGAUGACUGUGACGGUAAUGGAAAUGGGAACCUAAACUGUGGAAAGCCAGGGAAGCCGGGAAUCGAUCCUGACUGUGAUGGCAUAUCAACUUUGGUUUCGUCAGUCGGUUUUUUAUCAUUGAGAGAGCGAGCUGAGUUUCCGACGUGA